AUGAUAUUUGACAGCAAAUUCACAUGGGUCCCACACCUCAAAAAUCUAAAAAAUGAAUGCAAGAAGAGAAUGAAAGUCAUCAAAACGCUGGCUCAUAACACAUGGGGAUCUGAAAAAAACAGCCUCCUCACCAUAUACAAAUCGCUCAUCCUAUCCAAAAUUGACUAUGGCUCAUUGAUCUACUACUCAGCUAACUCCAACAUCUUGCGCACUAUUGACCCUAUUCAUAAUGAAGGAAUCAGGCUUUCCAUAGGAGCUUUCCGUACCAGUCCAGUUUCCAGUAUUCUCUGCAUGGCAGGCGAGCCUCCUCUACAGAUUCGAAGAAAUAAAGAUAUCUUAAAAUACGCGGCAAAAAAGAAAAACCUUGAACACCACAUGGCAUCACAAAUAUUCACCUCCUCUCCUAGUCUCAGAACAUCAAGGAACCAUGAAAAAAUCACGGACACGUACACUAAACUAUGCAGCAAUUCAAAUUGCCUCGUCAACACGGACACCUUCUCUCCAUUUACAACAUCCCCCUUCUGGCAAUGGACCCCUAAAAUUAACACGCAGCUCCUUCAUUUCAAAAAAAACAACACUUUGCAUACAAUAAUCUCAAGAACCUUUAACAACAUCUUAUACUCUGAAUACCAGGAUUUUAAUUAUAUUUACACUGAUGCUUCCAAAACUAGUGACGGAGUAGGAUUCGCUUACUGUACUAACCAUACUUCAAAACUCUUCAAACUCCUCCCGGAAGCCAGCAUCUUCACAGCGGAAACCCAGGCGAUCAAAGAAGCAUUACUAUUCGCAAUAACAACGUUCACAAAUAAUAUUUUAAUAAUCAGCGACUCUCUAAGCGCCCUCCUAGCCAUUGAAGCACCAAACCCCUCUAAUGAAAUAAUAUACCAAAUUAAUAACAUCAUGUCCUCGACCAAAAAAGUAAUUGAGUUCAUAUGGGUUCCCUCUCACAUAGGGAUCCCAGGAAACGAUAAAGCAGAUAAACUUGCAAACGAAGCUAUCACCUCGACCUCGUCCACACUCAUUUCCACUCUCCCAUACCAAGAUAUCAAAAGAAUAAUAAACUUACACACUAUCAAUACAUGGCAAAUAUCCUGGGACGAAAUCCCAAUCUCAAAUAAAUUAAAAUGUAUCAAAAAGAAAAUUACCAAAUGGCAAACACAGCCCAAUAUUUCUAGACGGUCUGAAAUAAUAAACACAAGAACAAGAAUUGGCCAUACCAACCUCACCCACAUACACAUCAUUAAAAACGAAGAACAACCUCUAUGUAGCCGAUGCAAUGAACCACUCUCGAUUAAACACAUUGUCCUCGAUUGUCCGCUGUAUUUCAACGCAAGGACCAUUCUCAACCAACCGUCAUCGAUGGAGGAGGCACUGGGUGAACACCACACUCACCUGAUCCACAGUUUCUUCAAACACAUUGGUUUAGACACUAAAAUUUAA